GGAAGGGUGUGUUUGAUGUUGUCGGAAAGCGGAACGUACGCGAACGUAAUUACGAAAUAUAUGAAGUGCUAAUGUAUUAACUGUGUGACAUCUAUGCGAUGUUUUAUUGAGUGGAUUUUGAUAGUUUUCUAAGGAUUAUUUUGGAGGAUUGAUAUUGAAGAAAAUAAUUAUGUCCAGUGUUUUGUCUACCAGCACUGCGGAUGCUGUGCAAGCUGAUGUCAAAGAACGUAUAUCAGAACGAGAUGCGGGUUUUGUAUCGGGCGGUGAAGAUGACGACUCCUGUUCCGGCCCAGCGCACUCCGACGACUCCGGAGUCAGACUCGUCACAGACAGGAAACGCGACAGAACACCAACCAGAUUACAGCCACCUAAAAAACGGAUAAGACUAGGCUCCAGAGAAGACCUGACAAGCCCUGAAAGCGAUUCGUCCAACCCCUUCAGACCCUGGUCCUUCGCGGAAGAACCACAAAAUGAACCGCUCUCCUUAGUAAAGAAGACGAGUGAAACUAGUCUGCUCAGACAACGACGGAGGCCGAUAGAACCGCCCCCGAUCACAAUAAUAGAACCCGUUGGCCCCCCGCGAGUACCUCCACAUCCGGGGGUCAUCGAACCGUUCCCAGACAAGAAACCAAGAGAGCAGAGGAAUUAUAAGAACAUGACGAGGGAGAGGCGGAUAGAAGCCAACGCUAGAGAGCGGACGAGGGUCCACACAAUAAGCGCUGCGUUUGACACGUUACGAAAGGCGAUACCCGCGUACAGUCACAACCAGAAACUGUCCAAAUUAUCAGUUUUAAGGAUAGCGUGUGCGUAUAUUUCCGCAUUGUCAACGGCGAUGGAACCAGACGCAGACCUUUCGGAUGCUGUGGAGAAGGUCACUCAGACAAUACACACGGAAGGAAAGUUGCGGAAAAAGAAGGACGACCCAUGAGUUCUUUGACUGUACCAGAGUACAAAAUGACAAUAAUCGUAGCUAUAAUGAGCUUUGAAUCUCGCGUGGAUCACGCUUGUCCGUGUUAAUGUUCCUAUGGACUGAAAUGUACUUUAGUAGAACUGUUUUUGGGUUUGAGUUGUUAUAGUUUAUUUCGCACGUGAAAAAGCCUUUAAUUUGCAUCACAGUUAAACUAAAGUACUAGGUAACAAUAAAUUAAUAUUAAAUUGAAUAGGUAACUCCAAUCUUAGUCAUUUCAUUUCACAUCCAUGACAUUCAAAUUUCGCAAAAAUUACCUCAGUAAAAUAAGUAAAUUCGUCGAUACAUUUUGUAACAAACGGCCAAGCCAUUGUUAACCAUUCCCAACACAGUAUUAGGUGAUGUCAAAUGGCGAAAAUGUAUAAAUAUUUUAUUUGGCUUUAAUACUUUAUAUUUAUUAAAAACCGAGUCAGUAAUUUUAAGACAGAAUUGUAUAUUUUAUAUAAUAUAGUAAGCUUGUGUACUUUGUGUAAAUAUUAAUGUAAGUUGUAAAGAUAUAUUAUGUUUUUAAGAUAGAUGUUAUAUAAUUUUGAGGCAUUUUGUAUGUGUAAAUCACUUUGUGUUGCGAAUUAAAAUUACAGAUAAAAACUUAAAAAUAUAUUUGUGUGUAGAGUCUAGCAACACCACCGUGCCGUAAACUAAAAUGCCUUGAACAGAUGUUGUGAUAAUAAUGUAAAUAUUAAUAUUAUUGUUUGAUAAGGUUUAUUAUAACAUUCAAUUGUUAUAUAUAAAGGGAAAGUAAGACAUUGUUGUAAAUGCAUUUAAAAGUGAUUUGUUUGCGUUUAAUUACAAGAAAUUUGUAAGAUUAUGUACUUACGUUUAUUUAAUUUUUAUUGUUUAAAUUAUAUAAAACAUAAGUGAAAUGUUUUUAGAAAUAUACAACUCUUAAAUACAUUAAAAUCUCAAGAGUUCAAAUAAUACUAGUCUCAUUAAAUUUUAUUUCAACAUUGCUGCAAAUCACUGCAAAUGCUUUGAUGAGAUAUUAAAGAACAGAAAUAAACGAAUGUGAAUCGUUAA